AUGAGCACCAGAAGAUUCCGAAUGCCGCAUGGGGAAGGCACGGGAAAUGUUGGAUGUCGACGGGUAUCGCCCUCAUGUGGACCUUUUUUGAGCCCGACCACGCCACAAUCUACAACUAUCAAAAUUACCCAGCCUCCGACUUUGAAUAGAAUAGAUUGCACUUUUGGGACUCUUGAUGACAGUCGGGACAAUCAUCGGUGCGGUCCUCAAGCCGCCUCUUGCGAAGAUAUCGGACGUUAUCGGACGGGCCAAGACAUAUAUUGGCGUGAUUGCUAUGUCGUUUCGUACAUUCUUUGUGCGUCCGCCAGGGAAUUCGGUCAAUAUAUAGGAGGCUACAUCAUCAAUAAUGUUGAUCAGACUGGGAUGCAGAUCCUCAACCAGAUCAUUGUGGCAGACAUUACAUCUUCCAGAUGGCGGGGUCUCGCCAACGGGCUAGUCAGCCUGCCCUUUAUGAUCAUCCCGUGGUGUUCGGCAUUUAUCGUCGACAGCGUGCUCGCCAACAUUGGUUGGCGUUGGGGGAUAGGCAUGUUCGCCAUUAUCAUGCCGGCCUGCUCUCUCAGCGUCAUCGGCCCUCUGGUCUGGUUCCAGCGUCGAUUGGAGCGAGCCGGGGGGUGCGUGCGGACGAAGCCUUCAAUCCGUGGAUUCGGUUCCCAGAUCGAUUUUAGCGGGAUGCUUCUGCUGCCGAUAGCGCUUGCCGGAAACGCCAAAAGUCGCUGGAGUACACCGUGGGUUCCGACUUUGAUUGCGAAGGAAGUCGCGUGCCUGGCUUUGUUGAUAUAUUACGAGUCUCAAACAGCGACAAAGCCGGCCAUGCCACCACGCUUGUUCAAGAGUUCGGGCACGGGGUUGCUCAUGUACCGUUCGAAACGAUACAAGUGGCUGUUGCUGGUUGGGAUCGUCAUUCGACUUAUCGGCGGAGCGGUUGGCACGGUCGUAAUUGUCGUCGCACAGAUCGUGGUUUCGAGGGCGGGAUUGGCGCAUUCCACGGCCCUGGAGCUUUUGUGCAUCUAUCUUGGUAACAGCGCAGGCUCGGCAGUUGCUGGCACUAUUUACACCAGCCUCUUCAAGGAGCAGCUACGCCUCUGGAUGGGUUUGGGUGCACCACAGGCAGCGAUCAACAGUGUAUAUGACUCUAUUACAGCUGUGGUCCCUCGGCCGGGAACAAGCAACAGCAACGCCAUCAACCACGCCUAUUCCGAUAUCCUGAGAUUCAUGACCAUCGCAGCCUUGGUCGCAUCCGCAAUCCCGAUGGUGAUGAUCUGGUUUCUGCCCAACCCUGAACUGAACGACAAACACAACCUGGCUGGUACUUUAGCAGAGACUGGCGAACCAGACACUCAACCUGAUCUGGCUGACGAGACUCGGCCGCGCAAGUGGAAGCGAAGAAUGCGUUGGUGA